GUUGGAGAGUCUCCACCCAGCUGGGUCUCUGUCACAGUUCUGACCUCACUGCUGAGCAGCACAACAAACCAAGCCUCUCUGACUGUGAGUCCCAGCAGAUCUCAGAUGUUUAAAGAUGAAUCUGUCUCUCUGAGCUGUGAGGAGGACGACAGCUCUGCUGGAUGGACUCUGAGGAGGAACACAACCAGAGAAACCAGGACUCAGUGUGAAGAUGGCUGGGGAAGACCUGCUGGUUCUUCCUGUAAAAUCAGCUACAUGGUCCCAGGGGACAGUGGAGUUUACUGGUGUGAGUCCAGAGAGGGAGCAACCAGUAACAGCAUCACCAUCACUGUCACUGGUGGACCAGUGAUCCUGCAGAGUCCUGUCCUCCCUGUGAUGGAGGGAGAAGACCUCACUCUGACCUGUAGAACAAAGAACUCCUCCAACCUCCCAGCUGGUUUCUAUAAAGAUGGCUCCUUCAUCAGGACUGAGCCUGCAGGUCACAUGACCAUCCACCAUGUUUCCAGGUCUGAUGAAGGCCUCUACAAGUGUCUCAUCAGCAGUGUUGGAGAGUCUCCACCCAGCUGGGUCUCUGUCACAGUUCUGACCUCACUGCUGAGCAGCACAACAAACCAAGCCUCUCUGACUGUGAGUCCCAGCAGAUCUCAGAUGUUUAAAGAUGAAUCUGUCUCUCUGAGCUGUGAGGAGGACGACAGCUCUGCUGGAUGGACUCUGAGGAGAAACACAACCAGAGAAACCAGGACUCAGUGUGGAGAUGGCUGGGGAAAACCUGCUGGUUCUUCCUGUAAAAUCAGCUACAUGGUCCCCGGGGACAGUGGAGUUUACUGGUGUGAGUCCAGAGAGGGAGCAACCAGUAACAUCAUCACCAUCACUGUCACUGGUGGACCAGUGAUCCUGCAGAGUCCUGUCCUCCCUGUGAUGGAGGGAGAAGACCUCACUCUGACCUGUACAACAAAGAACUCCUCCAACCUCCCAGCUGGUUUCUAUAAAGAUGGCUCCUUCAUCAGGAAUGAGCCUGCAGGUCACAUGACCAUCCACCAUGUUUCCAGGUCUGAUGAAGGCCUCUACAAGUGCAACAUCAGCAGUGUUGGAGAGUCUCCACCCAGCUGGGUCUCUGUCACAGGUGAGGAGGUUACCUUUGAUUUCAGGAGUUCAUUCAUCCAGAUAUUCACCUGACAGCUGAUUCUCUCUACAGA